UUUUUGUUAGGAGGAACACAGGGCAUCUUGCUUGUCACUAAGCAACCUACUGAUGCAGGUCCAUAAUGGCCUUUACUAUACAUGCAGCUAUGGAAAAACGUGUUACUGCUCCCUGAAGACACAACAUAAUUGUUCCUCAUCUUAUACCACCAGGCUGUUUGGUCUCUCUCGAUCACUAAAACAGAUCUCAGCUUCGUCCACAUAAUUGUUCUCUAUAUACAUAUAUGCAUUACGCUGCUCGGCCAUUAGACCUUAAGGCACACAAGUAUGUGAGGAAUGUCUGCUGUGUGACACAGAUCAUCUGACCCUCACCUUGCCCAGGGAGCACAUGCAUGGCACAAGAUUAGUGUCUGCUUCAAACACAGUGUGAUAUACAUUGGAGAGGAUUAGAGUGGGGACGGUGCACUUGAUUUUCAGUGAAUAAACACUUGGCGGCCUCUUCAUUAGGUACACCACCCACUCUUCAACUGCUUGUUAAUGAAAAGCCAAUAUAAAUAAAAACGGCAACAGCUCAAUGCAUGUCGGCAUGUAGAACAAUAUGACCUGCUGAAUAUUUUUACACACAUCCCUCUCUACUUGCAGUUUACAGAGACUGGAGAUUUUUAUUUGUAUUUUUUGGAAAUAAUCAUUAACUUAACCGUGAUACAGUGUAGUGUCUCAAAAAUGGCUUCAUUGGUCUCCCUACCAAUGAAAAAUACAACAUGCAUCACAUGCAUCAUGGUAGGCCUUCAAACCAAAUAAAGCUUUCUCCAAACCUUAAAAGCACCCAAAAACUAUUAAGUAAUGCAGUGAAUCAGUAUUUGAUUAUUUUUUCCACGUCUGUUUUCAGCAUUCAUUGGGAGAAAAGUGAGCUUUUGGUUCUCGUCCCUCCUUCCUGACAGCUCCCGGCCCCUCUGUUCCUGAUCAGCAUCCCUCUGCUCACAUGCAUCACCACUUGAUCAGCUGAGGCAGAUCCUAAAGCUGCAUGGAUCGUGGACUUCAUUGCUCAGCUAUGCAGUAGAGAGGAGGAUUAGCCCUGCAAGCUGAGCACCGGUGCACUGGACCUUUAACCACCACCAGGCUGACUGAGAGAGACAAAACUUUUACCUUCCUCUUCUUCUUCCCCUUCUCCUGUUGUCACCCCCUCUUUCUUCUCUUUCAACUAUGACCCUUCUAUCAGACGACCAGUCUGCGCGGCCGCAGCCCUGCCAGCUCCCAGAGCCGGGCAAACACUUGAGCACUUCCAUGCACCACUACUCAACAGACUGCAUUGGCUCCAAAGAGGACUAUAUGGACAGUGUGGACAGAGCUGUGUUUGGAGCCACAGAGCCCCACAAACGCUCUCGGGGUCGCCUUAUUCUUCACGGCCUAGUCAUGUUUGGAAGGGAAUUUUGUUACGCUGUGGAGGCAGCCUUUGUCACGCCAGUGCUUCUGAGCGUGGGACUUCCCCGCAGCCUCUACAGCCUGGUGUGGCUCAUCAGCCCCAUCCUGGGCUUCCUGCUGCAGCCCAUCAUCGGCUCGGCCAGUGACUAUUGUCGCUCUAAGUGGGGCCGACGGAGGCCUUACAUCCUGACCCUGGGCAUCCUCAUGCUGCUGGGACUCACCCUGUUCCUCAAUGGAGAUGCUGUCAUCUCAGAGCUAAUCGUUGACCGGUCACAGAGGAGUACGUGGGCCAUCGUAGUGGUGAUGCUCGGUGUGGUGCUGUUUGACUUCGCUGCAGACUUCAUUGACGGACCCAUCAAGGCCUACUUGUUUGACGUGUGUUCACAUCAGGACAAGGAGCGGGGUCUGCACUACCACGCUCUCCUCACAGGCCUGGGUGGAGCAUUCGGUUACCUGGUGGGAGCGAUGGACUGGGGCCAUUCUGUGCUGGGCCAGUUACUGGGCUCCGAGUACCAGGUCAUCUAUUUCUUCACAGCGCUGACCUGGGGCAUCUUCCUCACUGUGCAUCUCUUCAGCAUUCCAGAGGAACCUCUGGGCAAGGACCAAUCUGCCUCGGAGUCUUCACACCCUAAUGCCCUCCGCAUGCUGGGAUCCCACUGCAAUGGCUACGGAACAUUGUCAAAAGACACAUCUGUGCCAGACCUCAGGUCUCGAUCAUUCUCUGCUCUGGGAGAGGCAAACUCAGUGACGUCCAGUGCCAAGCAGCCCAACAAGGAGGCACAGAAGAGGAUGACGAUUAGGUCUCUGUUGAAAGCUUUCAUCAACAUGCCAAAGCACUACCGCUGCCUGUGUGUCAGUCACCUGCUCGGAUGGACGGCCUUCCUCUGCAAUAUGCUCUUCUUCACUGAUUUCAUGGGACAGAUUGUGUACAAGGGAAAUCCUUAUGCUGAACACAACUCAACAGCCUACCUCACAUAUGAGAGAGGAGUUGAAGUCGGCUGCUGGGGACUUUGCAUUAAUGCGGUGUCAUCUGCUCUCUACUCCUAUGUGCAACGUUUCCUUCUCCAAUACAUCGGCUUAAAGGGCUUAUACUUCUUGGGCUACUUUGUGUUUGGUAUGGGCACCAGCCUCAUUGGCCUCUUCCCCAACGUCAUCACCACGCUCAUCCUCUGCAGCGUAUUCGGAGUCAUGUCCAGCACGCUCUACACUGUCCCAUUCAACCUGAUCGCAGAGUAUCAGCGUGAAGAACAGGAGAAAAUGACAAUGCAGGGACACAACGAAAGUCCGCGCGGCACCGGCGUGGACUGCGCGGCGCUCACCUGCAUGGUCCAGCUGGCUCAGCUCCUUGUGGGCGUGGGACUCGGUGCUUUGGUCAACUUGGCGGGAAGUGUAAUUGUGGUGGUGCUCUCGGCCUCGACCGCGUCGCUGUUGGGCUGCGUCUUCAUCGCCCUCUUUGUCAGAUAUGUGGAAUGAUUCUGCUCAAAUUGAAGUGCUUUAAUUGUGUUUGUUUUAAUAAAUAAGUGAAGAUUCUUUAUUAUA